AUGACUGGUAGAUACAAGCGGCCGGUUAAUAUGAAACAAUAUAAACAAGAUACGUUGCUGGAAGAAUUAUCCGUUGAUUCGCCUGAUACGGUUGUUGAAACCAUCAAAAGUCUGCAGUAUGUUAGUUCAAAUAGUGAAGUUACACAUAGACCAACACGAAAUGAACGCUCACAUUCUUUUUCGUCUCCUUCAACAACAUCGUGCUCCUCAUCCUCGCUGUCGAUUUUCAAUACAACACCCGAUACAAAAAUUCGAGCACUAUCAGCUGACGAAAAAUGGCAGUUAUUUAUUGACCAUGGUUAUGUUAAAUUUUCAUCGAGUACAGGCGUGUUUUGA